AUGGAUCUUGUGUGGAGUGCGUGGUGCGGGAAGUGCGUCAAAGAGAAAGGGUCGUCGCCACUCUGGGCCCAGCGCAUCGUGGUCGCCUGGCUCAGCAGGGCCGAGUGGGAUCAGGUGAUGGUGUAUCUGUUCAGUGACGACUAUAAAUUGCAGCGGUACGCGCUGAACCGCAUCACGGUGUGGAGGAGCAGGUUAGGCAACGAACUCCCCCUGGCAGUGGCUUCUACUGCUGACCUGGUACGCUGUAAGCUCAUGGAUGUAACUGGUGGCUUGGGCACUGAUGAACUUAGACUGCUCUAUGGCAUGGCAUUGGUCAGGUUUGUGAACCUUAUCUCGGAGAGGAAGACAAAGUUUGCCAAGCUCCCUCUCAAAUUCCUGGCUCAGGAGGUGAACAUUCCGGAUUGGAUUGUUGAACUUCGCCAUGAGUUAACCCACAAGAAAAUGCCCCAUAUAAAUGACUGCCGUAGGGGCUGUUAUUUUGUCCUGGAUUGGCUCCAGAACACCUAUUGGUGCCGCCAAAUGGAGAACAGCCUGAGAGAGACCUGGGAGUUGGAGGAGGAGAGGGAAGAGACAGAUGAAGAAGACCAAAAGGAAGAUAAGAAAAUUGUUGUUGAUGACAUCAAAGAACAGAAUCCAGAGCCUAAGGAUGAGGAGAAAGGUGUAGAGCUGAAUGUCAAGGCUGAUGGAGACCGUGAAGGCAACAAAGACAGCAAAGAGGUUGAUCUGCUUUUACAAAAGGCUCAGAGACAUAAACAGUUGUAUGAAAGAGCCCGAGAACUGCUGGUAUCCUAUGAAGAGGAGCAGUUUAAGGUGCUGGAGAAAUAUAGGCAUUUACCUCAGGCCAUUAAAGCGUGGAAUAACCUGUCCCCACCUGUAGAAUGCAUCCUGGCAGAGCUCAAGGGCAUUACAUUCGAGAACAGGGAGGCUGUGCUAGAUGCUUUUCUGGAUGACGGCUUUCUCAUCCCCACAUUUGAACAGUUGGCAGCUUUGCAGAUAGAAUAUGAAGAUGGGCAGACUGAGGUCCAGAGAGGGGAAGGUACUGAUCCAAAGUCACACAAAAACGUGGACUUGGAUGACGUCCUGGUGCCAAAGCCGUUCUCUCAAUUCUGGCAGCCCCUGCUUAGGGGCCUGCACUCCCAGACCUUCAUGCAGGCCCUGUUGGAGAGGAUGUUCUCUGAGCUGCCAGCCUUGGGGAACACUGGGAUCCGGCCCACCUACAUCCUCAGAUGGACCACUGAACUGAUUGUGGCUAACACCAAAACUGGACGGAAUGCCCGCCGGUUUUCUGCCAGCCAGUGGGAAGCGAGAAAGAACUGGAGGCUCUUCAACUGCUCUGCCUCCCUUGACUGGCCCCAGGUGGUUGAGUCCUGUUUGGGCUCACCUUGCUGGGCCAGCCCCCAACUUCUUCAGCUCAUCUUCAAAGCCAUGGGGCAGUUCCUGCCAGACGAGGAGCAGGAGAAGCUGCUACGCAUCUGUUCCAUUUAUACCCAGAGUGGAGAAAUCCCGGUGCAGGAAGGUUCAGAGGCUUCCCCCAUUGGGAAGUCUCCAUACACAGUGGACAACCUUUAUUUGAUCCUCAAACCAGGAGGCUCAAGCUCUGGGCCUGAAGGAGAAGCCCAGCCACAGGAGGAGCAGGGCAGCCUGAAUGAUGUCAAGGAAAAUGAGAAGGAGAACAAAGAAGCCAUGGAAGACCAGGUAGAAGAGGAUGAAGAAGAGGAAGAGGAAAAUCAUCACCAGAAGUGGGAAGAAGAGGAGGAAGAUGAUGGUGACGAUGACAACAAUGACGGUGAUGAAGAUGAGGAGGAAGACAGGAUGGAGGUGGUACCUUUCUCUACAGAGGAAGAGUCCCCCACUGCUGAGAAUGCCAGGCUCCUAGCUCAGAAAAGAGGAGCUUUGCAGGAUUCUGCAUGGCAAGUUAGCUCAGAAGAUGUGCGAUGGGACACUUUCCCCUUAGGUCGAAUGCCAGGUCAGACCGAGGACCCAGCAGAGCUUAUGCUGGAGAAUUAUGACACCAUGUAUCUUUUGGAUCAGCCUGUGUUAGAGCAGCGGCUGGAACCCCCAGCAUGCAAGACUGGCACCCUAGGCCUGAGCUGCAGCAGUGGCAGCAAUGACAGUGGCAACUUGAACCAACUUCUCUGGAGCCAGGAUGAGCUUCAUAUGCUCAAAGCUGGCGUACAGCUCUUCUGA